AUGGAGCUGAGCUGCGGAGUGGGGGGCAGCGCGGCGGCGCCCCCGGGGCCCGGUCCCCCCCCGGCCGCCCCCGCCGCCCCCGCGCCGCCGAUGGAGGGCGAGGAGUACGAGAGCCUGCCCAGCGGCGCCUCGCUCGGCACCCACAUGAUGGCCGGAGCGGUGGCGGGCAUCAUGGAGCACACGGUCAUGUACCCGGUGGACUCGGUCAAGACAAGGAUGCAGAGCUUGCAGCCGGACCCCAAAGCCCAGUACAGGAGCGUGUACGAAGCUCUGAAGAAGAUUGUCCUUACAGAGGGUUUCUGGAGGCCUUUACGUGGGAUUAAUGUCACCAUGCUGGGGGCUGGCCCUGCCCACGCAAUGUACUUUGCCUGCUAUGAAAAAAUGAAAAAGUCUCUAAGUGAUACUCUCCAGCAUGGAGGAAACAGCCACUUGGCCAAUGGUAUAGCUGGGAGCGUGGCCACGCUACUCCACGACGCAGUGAUGAAUCCCGCUGAAGUGGUGAAGCAGCGGAUGCAGAUGUUCAACUCCCCCUACAAGUCCGUCCUGGCAUGCAUAAGGACAGUGCAGAAGACGGAGGGGUUUGGUGCCUUCUACCGCAGCUACACCACCCAGCUCACCAUGAAUGUCCCCUUCCAGGCCAUUCACUUCAUCACCUACGAAUUCACGCAGGAGCAGAUCAACCCACACCGGGAGUAUAACCCUCGGUCCCACAUCGUCUCCGGUGCCAUCGCGGGGGCUGUGGCCGCCGCCGCCACCACUCCUCUGGAUGUCUGCAAGACGCUGCUCAACACCCAAGAGAACAUGGCCUUGAGCUCUGUGAACAUCAGCGGACAUCUCUCGGGCAUGGUGAACGCCUUCAAGACUGUCUAUCAGCUGGGGGGCAUUUCGGGGUAUUUCAGAGGGGUGCAGGCACGCGUCAUUUACCAGAUGCCUUCAACGGCCAUCGCCUGGUCGGUGUAUGAAUUCUUCAAGUACUUUCUCACCAAGCACAAGCUGGAAAAAAGAACAUCCUUGUGAAGGACUUACCGAGAGUGAACGCAAGGCUCCGUGCCCCCUCUGUGCGUGUCUGUGUGUGCCUGCAAGCCAGCCAGCUCUGGGUCUCUGCUAAGGAACAUGCCAGGUUUCUGGUGGAUUCACAGCUGACGUCCACUUCUCCCUCCCCAGGGAAGAUUAAAGUGGUCCUCAGUCAUGUGUUCCCCUCCUUGCUUAAACAAUGAAAUAGUUUAUAAAGACUUAUAAUAAUAUAUAUAUUUAAUAACUUUA